AUGGCACCUCCUACCGACCGUGAUAUCCUCCCUGAUACCAUAAAGCCGAUCAACUAUGACUUGUCACUCUUCAAUCUGGAUCUCGGAGGGUCCUGGGGCUACGAUGGCCUGUUGAAAAUAGACUCUGAGGUCAAGUCUGACACGAAAGAACUGGUCAUCAAUGCUAAACAUCUGGAAAUUAAAAAUGCUCAGGUCUUUGUUAAAAAUGGCACAUCACCUGUUACCUCCUCGUCAGACAUAUCAUAUGACAAGAAGAACGAGCGAGCCACCAUCAAGUUCUCGGAAAACAUUCCGGCUGGCAAUGCUAUAAUAGCGAUCGAGUACAAAGGCACAAUCAACAAUAACAUGGCUGGCUUUUACCGUUCAAAGUACAAGCCCACCGUCACUCCAGCCGCUGGCGUUCCCACCGAUGGCGAGGUGCAUUACAUGUUCAGUACCCAGUUCGAAGCCUGCGAGGCAAGACGAGCUUUCCCCUGUUUCGAUGAACCCAACCUGAAGGCAUCUUUCGAGUUUGAGGUGGAGAUACCGGACGACCUAGUGGCCUUGAGCAACAUGCCCGAGAAGAACGUCACAAAGGGUAGCAAGGAUGGUCUGAAGAAGGUGGCCUUUGAGAAGACUCCAGCUAUGAGCACAUAUCUCGCGGCUUGGGCAAUCGGCGACUUCGAAUAUGUUGAGGCGUUUACGGAGCGCAAGUACAACGGUAAAAAUCUGCCUGUGCGGGUCUACACUACACGCGGCCUCAAGGAUCAAGGUAAAUUCGCUUUGGAGCAUGCUCACAAGAUCAUCGACUACUUCUCUGAAAUUUUUGGCAUCGACUAUCCGCUACCCAAGUCCGAUCUUCUUGCAGUUCACGAGUUCGCUAUGGGAGCCAUGGAAAAUUGGGGUUUGGUCACUUAUCGAACCACCGCUGUUCUCUACGAUGAAGGUAAAUCCGAUGCAAAGUUCAAGAACCGCGUCGCCUACGUCGUUGCUCAUGAGUUGGCUCACCAAUGGUUCGGCAAUUUGGUGACCAUGGAUUGGUGGAAUGAGCUGUGGUUGAAUGAGGGUUUCGCCACCUGGGUCGGUUGGCUUGCAAUUGACCACCUGCAUCCCGAGUGGAAGGUGUGGAGUCAGUUUGUGGCUGAAGGUUAUCAACAAGCGCUACAACUCGAUUCUCUCCGUGCAUCUCACCCAAUCGAAGUCCCUGUGCGAAAUGCCCUCGAGGUCGAUCAAAUUUUCGACCAAAUCUCCUACCUCAAAGGUAGCUCUGUCAUUCGAAUGUUGAGCAACCACCUCGGUCAAGAUGUGUUCCUCAAAGGUGUUGGUGACUAUUUGCGGGCUCAUGCCUAUGGAAAUGCCAGAACAAAUGAUCUGUGGGCUGCCCUCAGUGCUGCAUCAGGUCAAGAUGUUUUGGCUUUUAUGGACCCGUGGAUUCGUAAAAUUGGUUUUCCCGUUGUAACUGUCGCAGAAGAGCCUGGUCAGAUUUCAAUACGCCAAGAACGAUUCCUAAGCACAGGUGAUGUCAAAACUGAAGAGAACGAAACCACUUGGUGGGUUCCUGUUGGUCUUAAGACUGGAACCCCACCCAAAGUUGAACAUAGUGCUCUGACAUCCAAAGAGGACACGGUGCGCAAUGUUGAUGACUCCUUUUACAAGAUCAACGCAGAUCAAAGUGGGUUUUACCGUACAAACUACCCCCCUCCACGACUUGUCAAGCUGGGUGAGAAUCAAGAUCUUCUGUCGACAGAAGAUAAGAUCGGUCUUCUAGGCGAUGCAACGGCACUUGCAGUGUCUGGUCAUGGAACAACUCCUGCCUUGCUCGCGCUUCUAGAAGGUUUCCAGAAAGAGCGAAGCUAUCUUGUUUGGCAAGCGAUUGCUGGUUCGCUAGCAAAGGUGCGAUCUGUGUUUGCCUCUAACAAGGAAAUAUCGUCAGCUUUGAAGAAGUUCACAUUGAAGCUAGUCUCGCCAGCCGCUGAAUCGGUGGGCUGGGAUUUUCCUACAGACGAAGAGUGGCUCACAGGACAGUCAAGAAAGCUUCUCCUAGCAGCAGCGGCGGGUGCUGGCCACGAAGCAAUCAUUGCAGAGGGUAAGAAGAAGUUUGCUGCCUGGAAAUCUGGUGACCAGAAAGCCAUCCACCAAGAUCUUCGGGGAGUCAUUUUCAACUUGGCAGUUGCAAAUGGGGGCCAAGAGGAAUUCGACGCUGUCAAGGCCGAAUUCCUCAGAACAACCUCUGUGGACGGAAAAGAGAUCGUCAUCCAAGCUCUCGGCCGAUCUAAGAACUAUGAUAAUGCAAUAAGUCUACUGGAAUUUGUAACAUCUAACGCAGUGCCUCCACAAGAUGCCCACAGUGGUAUCAUUGCUGUCGCAGCGAAUACCGAGACACGCAAGGCGGCCUGGCAAUUUACCAAGAGCAAUUGGGCUCAUGUCUAUGAGAGGCUUGGGGGCACCAGUGUUGUCAUUGAUCGUUGGAUCAAGAACGGACUGGUGAAUUAUUCCGACACUGAGAUCCGCGACGACAUCGCCGACUUCUUCAAGGACAAAGAGACUGGCUCCUUUAGCCGAAGUCUCGUCAUCAUUUCCGAUACCAUCACGGGCAAUGCAAAUUACAAGAAACGGGACGAGGCACAACUGUUGGAGUGGCUGAAAGCCCAUUCAUAUGCGUGA